UCUACAAUACGAACACCUCUCAUCUUUCCGUUUACAUAGAAACCCGGGAGCAUGCCGAGCUGCAGCUGACGGGGCCUCACCUUUCCAAUCAACUUGCCAUUUUUGACUCGCAAACAUGCCUGCGGUUCUGCGCAACGGGCGCACCGUUGGUCAACAGGACGAGAAGCCCGAGUCGUCCAAGACCGAGACCAGGUUCACGACGCCGACCACCAUGUCAAGACCUUCCACAUAUCUCCUCCUCAUCUACCCUGUCAUACUUGCGAUUGGCUCCCUCUAUUCUGUCCUUUCACCGAUCGCGGCACCACCUGUUGCUCCGCUGGCACCUGGAGUUACUUCUGAGGCCAAUACUCCCUCAACAGCCCCCGUCAACUAUUUCUCGACCAAAAGGAACAUCUUCAACGUGUAUUUUGUCAAGCGUGGCUGGUUCUGGAUGACACUAGCUUUCGUUCUGCUCCAGAUAACAACUCGACCACCUCCAGCCAUCAAACAAAAGCACUACCUCCAAGCCGCAUUACGCUACACGCUAGCAACCUUCUCCUGGUUCUUGACAACACAAUGGUGCUUCGGUCCCGCUCUCAUCGACCGCAGCUUUACCAUCACAGGCGGUCGCUGCGAACCUCACAUCCUGAACACCAAUGGCAUUGGAGAAGUCAUUGGUAUGACCCAAAUUAACUCCGGACCUGUCUGCAAGGCUGUUGGCGGGCGCUGGAAGGGUGGUCACGAUAUCUCUGGUCACGUCUUCAUCCUUACGUUAGCCUCGGCUUUCCUCAUCUACGAACUGUAUAUUUCCGAUCGGGAUUCCUCCCAUCCGCACGUUUCUCCCAGGGCUGCAGCGGCAGUUGCGCAUGACAUGACGGAAGAAGAACGCAAAGCAGUGGGAGGAUGGGAAAGCGAGACCGUCGCCAAGGUCCGAAUGUGGUCGCGAUACAUAUUGUAUGGGGUUGUUGUGUUGGAUUUCUGGAUGCUGAUGAUGACGGCGAUUUGGUUCCAUACAUGGCAAGAAAAGCUCAGUGGAUUGCUGAUCGCUGGAUCGACCUUGUACGGCAUUUACUUUUUGGGACACCAUGUGCCCGAGUGGAGGUCAAUCGCUGGAGGGUUAUAAGCACACGCAGAAGAGGAUGAUAAGGGCGAAUGGACAACAGGGCUCGAUCAGCAUCCAGGAUUACGACACAGCAUAGCGCAUGGCAAUGGCGACGAAUUAGUGUUUCUAAGUAAUGCAUCACAGUGUAAAAUACUUCUCUCUGAGCUCAUUUUGGACUUUUG